UUUCCCAUGUUCUGCGCCGCAGCAGCUUUUUGUUGGGGCUAUCUUUCUCAUCUUGCGUGCACACAAGGGUAUGCGCGUAAGGCUGACGUCGCGGUCAGUUUGGCUUCCUCGGUGCCGCCACAAAUUGUGCGCGCCACAGUUGGUAGAGUUUGCUCUCGCCACAAAUCACAGGAAGACGUGGUUCUGGCCAAUUACUCUGGAAAAGACUGGAGACAGGUAAACAGUGUUGACCACCACCCCCCCACCCCCCUCCACCCCUGAAGAUGACCCUGGGUAAACCUCCCUCAGGCGCUGAAAUGGCACAAAUGUGCUACAUCUUCCUGCUGAUUGGGAACGCCAUCUCGGUUUCCACACAGUUUAACGGAUACAACUGCGACGCCAACUACCACAGCAGGUUUCCGGCGGAGCGGGACAUUAGCAUUUACUGCGGGGUCCAAACCAUCACCCUGAAGAUCAACUUCUGUCCCGUGCUCUACUCGGGCUACACGGCUGCAGACCUGGCCCUGAACGGCCAGCACAGCGACGCUCAGUGUCGCGGCUUCAUCAACAACAACACGUUCCCCACGGCCGUCCUCUUCAGCAUCAGCCUCAGCACUCUGGAGGCCUGUGGCAACAACCUAGUUGUCAGCACAGCUUAUGGGGUCAACGCCUUCGGGAACAUGUCUCUGGUACAAAUUGGGAAUAUCUCAGGAUACAUUGACACUCCCGACCCUCCAACUAUAAUCAGCUACCUGCCUGGGCUGCUGUAUAAAUUCAGCUGCAGCUACCCGCUAGAGUACCUGGUCAAUAACUCUCAGCUGGCGUCCUCCUCUGCUGCUGUUUCAGUCAAGGACAGCAACGGCACAUUCGUUAGCACGCUGAGUAUGAUCCUGUACAAUGACUCGACAUACAGAGAGCCUCUGUCGAUUCCAAUGACAGGUCUCGCUCUGAAAACCAGGGUGUUUGCUGCUGUAAAAGCCACAAACUUAGACAAACGAUGGAAUAUCUUGAUGGACUACUGUUACACCACCCCCUCAGGGAAUCCUAAUGAUGAACUCCGCUAUGACCUUUUCUUUGGAUGCUAUAAAGAUUCUCAGACGACCGUUUUUGAGAACGGCAAGAGUCAGAUUGGGCGUUUCUCCUUCGAGGUCUUCCGCUUUGUGAAACACAGACACCAGAAGAUGUCCACCGUGUUCUUGCACUGCGUCACCAAGCUCUGCAGGGCCGACGACUGCAUCAUGCUCAUUCCGAUUUGUGGGCGACGGCGCAGGAGGGAUGGAGAGCAGAGCCUUGAUUCCCAGCCAGUGGCGUCUGGGAACGCAGUUAUCACUGCUGGUCCAAUCAUCACAAGGAGUGAUGAAACACCUGUCAACAACUCUCAGCUCGCACCUGUUAAUUCCUCCCAGCCUUUAAACUCUUUGACCGUAGCUCUGAUCUCGGGUGUGGCCGUACUGGGCGCGGUCAGCGUUGGCUUCUUCACGCUCUCUCUUCGCCUCCUGCAAAAGUCCCGCCUCCCAGCAGUUGCCUCCUCAGGUGUUUGGAAUCCCAGCUUUAAAUGAUUUUGGCUGCUUUUCUUAGUCUUUCUAGCCUCUUCAGAGCAUCUGAUUGCUCACCUUGAUACACGCAUAACCAUGUUUUAUAUACAUAUAACAUGUUUUAGGUAUUUAUUGACUUCAAUACCUCAUUUUUGGGUUUGUCAGUAGUUUACAACAAUCUUGUUACAGUUAGGAAAGUAGAAAUGAUUGAACCAACAUAGAUAUUUCUCACAACCGUUAUUUGUUAAUAUUUUAUCCUUUUUGGCCAUUCACUGGGCAAGUUGUUGUAUUUUAAAGAUAUUAAUAGCAAUAAAUAUUAUGCAGUAUACUGUACAAGCCAACAUGUGACUAUGAAAAGUGUUCAUACCUGAUCAUUUUCACAUUUUGUCACGUUACAACCACAGAUUGCAAUACUUUUUGUUGGGAUUGGAUGUUUUAGACCAGCACAAAGUGCUGUUUAUGAACAGAACAAAGAAAAAUAAAACAUUACGGAGGAAACCACAUUGCAGUGGAAUAAUAGAAGCAGGUCAAGAUAUAAGACAACAAAUUCUAUUACAAAUUUCAACAUUAGCAUUCAAAGGCAACUCUAAACAAAUAGCUUUUUAACCUUGAUUUAAAGGAACUUAGAGUUUCACCACUUUUACUCUAUUGGGAGUUUGUUCCAGAUAGGUGGAGCAAUAAAACUAAAUGCUGCUUCUCCAUGUUUGGUUCUGGGGAUGCAGACUGACAACAGUUCAGGAAUAUAUUUUGGUGCUAAGCCAUUCAGUGAUUUAUAGACUAACAGAAGUAUUUUCAAGGCUAUUUCCUGAGAUACAGAGAGCCAGUGUAAGGACUUUAGAACUGGGGUGAUGUUCUCUACUUUCUUAGUCUUAGUGAGGACCUGUGAAAAGAGGUCUGCCUAAAAAGAAAAAUAAAUGCCCAGAUUCCUUUUUCAAGAUCCUGCUGAGCCAUAAGUCAUUUAAUCCUGGAAAUGUUCUUUAGGUGAUAGAAGGCCGACCUUGUAAUUGUGUUUAGAUGCCUUUGAAGGUUUAAAU